AUGGUGGACGACACCUACAACGACGAGCUAUGGUAUGCUAACUUCAGAGUUACGAAAGAAACGUUUACAUUUAUUCUCAGAAAGGUUGAGCCCGAAAUAGCUCAUGAAAAUACACAUCUUCGAGAAGCAGUUUCAGCGAAACGACAGCUGGUAGUUACAUUGUAUUAUCUAGCAUCCACGGCUGAAUACCGCACAAUUGGCAACUUAUUCGGAGUUUCACGGUCAUUUGUGUGCCAGUGCAUUAAAGAAGUAUGUCAUGCAAUAGCAAAGCAGUUUCCAAAUCAUCAAAUGCUAUCAGCUUCCCUAAGGGAUGAUGACCUUUUGCGAGUCAUUCGAGUUUAUGGAGAGUCAUGGAGCUUUCCCAUGUGUGCGGGCGCAGUAGAUGGAACUCACAUACCGAUACUGGCACCUAACAAAAAUCACACAGAUUAUGUCAACC